AUGGUAAAGAUGCUCAAGGUCCCUGAACACCAAGUUGCUGGUCACAUUGCUAGAGAUGGGAAGCUUGGUCCGCUCGUGGACGACGAAGGCCGAUUCUUCAAGCCACUUCAAGGAGAUGCUCGUGGGGAAAACGAGGCUAAGUUCUAUGAGUCCUUCUCGUCGAACAAGACUGUUCCAGAUCACAUCCACAGAUACUUCCCGGUGUACCACGGGACUGAGCUAGUUGAAGCAUCCGAUGGAUCUGGCAAGCUUCCACACAUGGUUCUUGAAGACGUUGUCUCGGGGUACUCGAACCCGUCGAUAAUGGAUGUCAAGAUCGGGUCUAGAACAUGGUAUCCGGAUGUGUCGGAGGAAUACUUCAAGAAGUGCAUAAAGAAAGACAGAGCGACCACCACGGUUUCGUUGGGGUUCAGGGUUUCGGGUUUCAAGAUUUUCGACCACCAAGAAUCGAGCUUUUGGAGACCGGAGAAGAAGGUUGUUCUUGGGUACAAAGUCGAUGGCGCUAGGUUGGCUCUGAGGAAGUUUGUGUCGUCGAACUCCCUUGCUGACUCGAGCUCGGCACCAAACUGUGCCUUUGCGUCGGAUGUGUAUGGCGGUUCUAAUGGGAUCUUGUCGCAGUUGUUGGAGCUCAAGGCUUGGUUUGAAACCCAAACGCUUUACCAUUUCAAUUCUUGCUCGAUUCUGAUGGUUUAUGAGGACGAAUCCAUCUUGAUGAAAGGAAAGGAAGACGCGCGGGCACAAGUAAAGCUGGUGGAUUUCGCGCAUGUUCUUGAUGGAAACGGCGUCAUCGACCAUAAUUUCUUGGGUGGACUCUGCUCCUUCAUAAAAUUCAUCAAAGAUGUUCUUGAGAGCUCUGACAACCGCGAUGAGACCGAUGCUUGCGGGAUUGAAAACGGGAAAUAGAGAAGCGUGUUUCUUUCUCACUAAAUAAUCUCCAGUUCUUCCUUUUGCUUGGGGCUAAUUGGGUUUGGAUAUGAUGAACUUAUUGUCUCCUUCAAUUGUAUAAUUUGGUUGUAACCUACUGAACCAAACCAUUGUACUGUGCUUUUCAUAUGAGGAAUAUCGAAAUUUCCAUGGAAGGAAGCUAAGCGUGGAAGUAAUAAUGUCAACAUCAUGAAAUAAGUAAGCAAGGCAUAGUGAUGGA